AUGCUGAGUGGCGAUAGAUGGUUCCGAUUAGGGACGCCAGUCGACCGGUCCUUAUUCGGAAGAAGCGGGAAUCGCGUGGGUAGCGGGGGAAGCGGGGGGAGAUGGCGCGAGGGCACGAGCAGGUGGGAUGGGCUCCGCGCAGGCGCGAGCAGCGGUAACCCCGCCGCGAACGGCGGCGGAAAUCCCGGAGGAUACGCGUAUGGAUACAGCAACCGGCCGCCACCCAAGCCCACACCGACUUAUGAAGAGCAGUUGGAGCAGCGAAUGAGGGAGGUGAUGAGCAUGCCAGGGGACGUGGCAAGGCGGCUAUGGCGGCUCAUCACAGAACAGCCCGAGGAGUUCCGCCUCGUGCGCUUCCCCUCCUGGAAAGAGAUGAUCACAGUGACAUUGCUCACAUUCCUCUUUAUUGUCGUCCUCAUCAUCUUCAUCUCAUCUGUUGACUCUGUGUUGGCACGGGUGCUCACACCCCGCUUCAAGCCUGCAUAA